CUUAUGGCUUUGUUUGUGUGUACAUUUAGAUUUAUUUGGCAUCAAAUUGUAAUAAAUAAAUGAAUAUGAAACGUCCUUGUUAAUUGUUGUUAACUGUUGCUAAUCUUGGUGGCACCUUAAAAAUGUCCUGUUAGUCGUUCCGAAUCUUAGAUAUUGUGGAGAGAAAGAGAUUACAAGACAACUGUGGCAAUUUUUAUCUCUUGCUUUACAAAUGAUGAAUUUAUCUCAUAAUUUCUUCCAGUCAUAUGUAGUUAUAAAUAGCCCGAGGGCAAAACGUCCACUCUUACAAGUCACACAAUAGUACAUCUUGUCACGUUACUGCGCGUGACAUCUCUAGAUUUCAUAGUGUGAUUUUUUGCACUGGACAUCGCUACAAUGUCAAAAGUAAGCUUUCAAAUUUGGAAAGUAACAAUACAAGUUUUGUUAAUAUUUAAUCCUCUCUCCAUUUGAUGCUGCUAUUAAUGGCAAGUGCUUGUUCAUUGACUUUGAUUGUUUUAUCUAUUUCGUUUUAUCUAUGGGAAAAUUAUUCAAAGUAUGGGUCACGCACUCUGAAAAUUCAGCAAACGUUUCAUGUGUUAUUUGUUGGUUGAAUCGUAGCAGGUGAAAUUCCCGUUUUCUGGCUAGUCUCCUUGACGGAGACGUCCUUCUCGUCUUCCAAAAACGUAAUGUUUUCAUGCUCCUCUGCACUCAAAGCGCGCGUAAAAACCCUGCAUGGAAAAUGAAAUUCACAAACGUUCUCGAUUGGCUACUUGCAUCAAGUCGUAAGACAAACAAAUCGAUUUUCUGUCUCCUCUGUUGUCACUUAUUUUCCAUUAAUUAUCUACUUUUCUGUGAAAUGUACUAAAUAUAUAAAGAACAGAUUUAUGUGCCCGCGUUAAAUGCUCAAAAUCGACUUUUCCAGUCAAAUACAAUCCUGGACAAAACUAUUUAACAAAAUAUUUUCAUUAAUGUGCACUACCUAACGCAACAAAACUAUUUCCAAAUCAACGGUUUUGCGUAAAGAAAACCCCCUCCCCCAGUUCAAAGUUGCUUCCUACAAAUGCUUAGGAAUCCGGCUUUCUUUUGAAGACCUUACAACACUGCUUCCAGGGGGAGGGGAUCGAAGGGAAGAAUCGGUCGGCUACGAAGUUUAAGAAAAAUGCCCGUGCAGUAUGCAAUUUUAUCAACAGUUUUGUCCAAGAUUGUAGCUACAGCUUGCCCGAAUGGCAGGCUGUAAAACUGACUUUCUUUGCACCCUGGUACCACUGUCCAACACUGUGGUUGCCCACAGGUAAACGAGGCUCACUAUUUGUGUCACUUACGGGGUUUCAUAUAACGUGAGUAAUUGUAGAGAACAUAUGGGGCGCUGGAAAUUUGCUAGAAAAUGGAAAUAAAAUUAAUGAUUAUUGAAACUUACCAUGUGGGGAGUUGUUGUUGUCCUUAAUGUGCGCACAAAUUUUUGGAAAAAAUAGUCUCCUUCAUCUUUCCUACAUAGUAAAGUAGCAAGGUAAAAGGCAGACAGCGGCGUCACGGCUCCCAUUGACCCUAGACAAGCACAAUUUUUUUUUUUGCGAAAAUCGAAUCCAGUUGCUAAAUAAUCACACCAGGCUCGUGGAACAUGAAUUUCUCUAAACCCUGAAUCCACUUAAGCCGGUCCAGCUAGCAACGCGAAGCCAGCAGGCUCCGUAGAACGCUUACUUUAACCUACUAAAAUGUUGCCUGCGUAGCAGGCGCUUGGAAGUAGUGGGCGAAAGGGAGAACGGGCUCGCGUGAGGGAGACACGCGUGUCUCCUUCUCGCGCGCCCGUUUUUUUCUUGUGCCCACUACUUCCAAGCGCCUGCUACAGCAGGCUAACUAAAAUGGCGGCCCAAAGCCGUUAAGAUCACGGCUGGUCCAAUUCAAUAAUGGCACUGAUAUCGGGGCGCCUGGUGACGAGUAUAAUAAGUCCCCGUGGAGGCAAGGGAGUCGGACGGUGAGUUAAUUCUUAGAGCACUCUGGGACUGCCUUCCCUCCAAGGGGACUUAUUAUACUCGUGACCAGGUGCCCUGAGCUCAGUGCCAUUUUUGAAUUGGACCAGUUGUGAUCCUAACGGCUUUGGGCCGUCAUUUUAGUAGGUUAACGGUUUCAUCGAUUUUCAUUUGCAUUUUCUAGCAAAUUUCCAGACCUAAACUUCAUCACAUAUGUUCUCUAUAUUUACUCAUGUUAUAUGAAACCUGUGUGUCACAUAAAUAGUGAGCCUGGGUUACCUGUGGUUGCCUCCUUGUUCUGUGCAUUAGUCACUGCAGCUGGUUCUUAUGCUCUGGCUGGAUCUGGUGGAGUUGGCCAUGUUUCUGUGUAACAAGAUGUGGUGGUUGAUCGAGUGGGAAUGAGAAGGAUUCAAGGACUUUCUCAGACAAUUUGUUCAUAUACACAUUACAAACUAUUAGAUAAAAAUAAGUCAAUUAGGAGCUUCUGAAGAAAGUAAGUCAAUUAAAAGCUAUCUUAAAAAAGUAUGUUUUGAGAGCUCCCUUGAAAGGUGUAAGGCUCUCAAUGUUUCCGAUCUCCACUGGAAGUUUAGGAGCUGCUGACUGAAAGGCUCGGUCACCGAGUAUAGGUAUAAGGCACCGUGCGUUGGCUGGUACCAACAAAGUCGCAUUCCUGGACCUAUGAUUAAUCUUGACUGGGCAGCGACAGCAAUACGAUCAACCAGAUAUUGAGGUGCUAGUCCAUAGAGGCACUUGAAUGUUCAUAACACAGUAAUUUUAAAUUCAAUUCUGUAUUUGACAGGCAACCAGUGAAGACCUUUUAAAAUAGGAGUACUGUGACAGAUGAUAGGGGUGUUAAGUUACAAGUCUGGCAGCAGCAUUUUGAACUCUUUGAAGUUUAUUAAUGUGAAUAUAGUAGGAAGGCCGUAUAAUAGGCUGUUGCAGUAGUCCAAUUUAUUGGUAAUACAAUAAUGCAUGGAUAAGGGAUAUGACGGUUUGAUGAGACAGAUACUUUCAGGUACUUCACAUCAACGACCACUACAGAAAACAUUCUUGGCCCAUCCCAUUAAGGUCCAAAACAUGCGCGCGAGGAGGUUGUACAAGCGCUGCAAAAUGUAUUUUCAUGUUUGGAUUUCCAAAGACCUUGCAUAUAGUGACAAUGGAAAGCAUUUUAUAGGCAAAAGAAUGCGAGAAUUCUGUAAGUCUAAUUCCAUAGCACAAAUUUUCAUGGUGCCCCUAGGACUCCCACAACACAAGGACUGGUAGAACGAGGCAAUCGUACUUUCAAAGAAAAUAUAAGUAACAUUCUUAGAGAGAGAAAAGCUGAGCACAACAGUUGGUGGUCUGUGCUUAGUGAAGCAGCAUACAAGAAAAACAUUGCCAUACAUGCUGCAACCAAAGAAAUGUCCAUACGUUGCAGUUUUUUUGGGAUAAAACCUUGAAAGCAAACAAACGAUAAUGAUGUAUCCAUGGAGAAUAAUAACACUAAUAAUGAAACAACAACCAUUGUUAUGAGAAGUUCAAAAAAAAAAAUUAAAAGCAGUGUAAUUGAAAAUCAAGAGCAUCAUGAUGCAAAAAUGAAACAAGCAAGAGGAAAAGCACCCUCCUUUUGAGUCGAUGACAUACAGUAGCCAUAAAAAUCAAUAAAGUUGAUAAGACCUUGCCUCUUCCCCCUAAUGUCGAUUGGAAAAAUCCUCCAUGUUGAAAAUAAUUACACCAAAGUUGUUAUAAGCCAUGGAAUAAUUUCAACAUUUAUUUCAGCCAGUCACUUAAAUAAGUGUACAGCUGCAAAUAAUGUUUUUGUAUACUCCAAAGAGAGUUUCUCUCGAUCAGCUUGCAAACAAGCCAUGAAUUAACUAACAUUGCUGGAGGAUGCCUAUACACUGAGCCAGGACUCAACCUUGGACUCGAGUAAGGACUCGAGCCAGGACUUCGUGCUAGGACUUGAGCCCUAGCUCGAGUCCUGGCUCGAAUCCUGGCUUUGAUGUUAAAUUAUCUCACAUUGCUGAUGUUGAAAUUAUGAGAAUAAAGUGUAAAUGAGUCACUAAAUGAAUAAGUCACAAGUCAAUGAAAGAACUCAAAAUCUCUUGAAUUUGCUGCCAAUAUCUUCUUUGUUAAGUAAUACCAGCACAUAAUAUAGUCCCUAUGUAGUGACAAACCUAACCCUAAAGAAAUGCUUACUCGAUCACUAUUGUCAGUGCUUAACCCCAAUCAUUAUUGUCAGUGCUUAAACCUAAUCAGUAUGGUCAGUGCUUAACUCUACAGUGUAAUCACUAUUGAUGGUGCUUAGAGCAAUUUUCAAUUUAGUGUUGAAAGUAAUCCGGGAUUGCAUUGGUUUUGCUUUACUGUGCUCUGUGAGUGGUCUAGAAAACUCGCGCCACCUUCUAAGCCAAUCAGAUACAAAACUAAAACCAAUCGCGACUUAGUUACUCGCGUUUUCCCGCGCUUAAGGUCGGUUACAUGCGUUUACUUCGAUUUCUCAUUGGCUUCCUCUGAUAUUUUCGUUUGUUCUGAUUGGCCGUUGUGAUUACUUUGGUUUUGGUUUACGACACUCAAUCAAAAAGCGCUCUAACCCUAAUCACUAUAAUCAUUGCUUUACCCAGACCUGACUCAGCUGUCUUGACUCAUGAUUCAUUUGACUUUAAAGGCUUUCUGCCAAUUUACUAACAGUUAUAAAAAGACAUUUAUUUUUAUAAAUAAAGUGACUACAGAUCUCUGUAGUGUUGCUGAUAUGAUUUGAGUGGCUAGCAUAUUUACUUUAGAUUUAGUGCAAACAUAUCAAUGCAAUAUGGCUUACUGCAUUACUAUUUAAUGGUACCUUAAAAAUAACCAAAGUCAAAGUUAACCUUAAAUCAAAUUUGAUCUGUAACAAUUAUCUUUCACUAUUCUUUUAUUCAGAAUCAAAACAGUUAUACAAUGCAAGAAAACACAAUAAUAUAUAGAUAUAACCCGGGCUAAAAGCAAAGCUGUCAUUAAUAUCUAUUUAACAAAUAGAUUCCAUGUUGCCUUGCGUCUGUUCAGUAAUAGAUCACAGAUGACGUCAAAAUGUCGUAAAAACAAAGAAGUGGCACGGGAGCCGCAGGCGAGUGUGUCACUGUUGUUUUUACCACAUUUUGACGUCCUCUGUGAUCUAUUACUGAACAGACCCACGGCAACAUGGAAUCUAUUUGUUUUAUACAAUGAUCAGGAAAGAAAAAGACCGAUACACAUACCUGCCUCGAACCGCUUGACCCUUUGAGGAUUUGUGCUAGUUUUCAUGGCAUUUUUCAAGUCCCAAACCCAACUUUUCAUCUUAGCUUCUUCUUUAUCUUACUUGUGUACAGUUUCUUCGAAAAGUUUUUCACCGUCUUUUCUUGCUCAAAGGAGAGUAAUAGCGAAAACAUUUUGCAAAACAGCGAGUCUCUCGUAGCGAAGACACACGAUGGCAACUGUUGUGAAGAUUUCUUGUAGUUUAGGCAUUGUCAAGUAGUCAAUAGCUUUUUUGGUCCCCGUUUCUCCAUUUUCCUUCUUUGUAAAUAGCUCCUGCUAAACUUUUUCCGAAGCUUUCACUUGGCUCAAUCCGAAAUAAUCUCACAAACAUUUUCAAAACCGCGUGCCAUGUUGAACAAAACAAAGAAAACAAGUUUCCCGUGACGUCAUCCAUGUAUCUGUACUGUAAUAGAUCAUGGGCAACGACCAAUCACAGCGCGCGUAGCAUUCACAUCAUUGUAUAAAGUUUACUGAAACAAAAUAUAAAAUCGUGUAAUGCUAAGUGGCGAAGGCAAUGAAAACAGCCAAAAAAUUCAGUAGGUCUAAUUGGCAGAAAACAACUUUGCACGUGCGGCACACUAUUUUUGUACAUUUCUUUCCCGUUGUUUUGCACAACCAGAAUGUGAAACUUCCAGAAACUUCCUAGUUACAAGUUUUAUGGAGGAAAUGUUGUAUGUGUUCCUGUUCACUCUUUUUUCACUGCCACUCAUUUUCACCUUGGUGGCCGGUAGCACUUCUCAUUUUCUCACCACCGCUAUAAAAUUGUCAUGUUACUCUACCAACGAAAUCAGUCUCCUUUGUUUUUUAUCUCUCGCUCUAGCUCUUUCUCUGUUAUCCACGUCAAUGAAGACAUUACAAUUAAGUGGAAAGAAAGAAUCGACAUUGUUGUUGUUGUUUUUUAUCUCUAAAAGUCCGAGUGGCUAUGCGAUUUACCGCCGAAACGCACGGGUACCUGAAAUGCAAAAUUUCACCCUGGCUUACAUGAAGGGGUGCACGUACGUACGUACGCGUACGGACGAUUUUCUCAGAACCAAAUUUUCUUGGAUGCAUAGAUAACCAAAUUUUCUUACACAUGCUGCUCCUCUAUUAUUUUGUGUUUGUGUUUUUUUUUUUUGCUAAUCAAGGAAGCCCUGUUUAUUUCCUUAUUAUUUGGGCGUGGUCCAAAUAGAGUAAUCGAGUUCCCUUGUUUUGAUUCAAAGUUGCAACAGGCACGCAAUACUUGCGAACGUCAACAAGCCAAGCGACGCGAAUGUCUGCCACGCACUGUGUCACAACACAUCAUUUAUCUUCGUUACAUACUCUUACAGAUAACGCACGGCAAACAAAUUUGCAAUAGAAAACAAACUUUUGGAAAAACAAGGUCCACUGAGCGAAACAAACUAUUAAAUAAUUUAAAUUUUCCCUUUGGAAAAUAAUCGUCCUCACAGCACACGGUGUGAAUGGUUUGGCUUAUUGACAAGAGUCUGACGAUAUUUUUGCUCUCAGUUGUCGAACCCUAAAGAUGUCACGCAAUCUCAUGGGAUAAUUAAGGGUAACAUUGAAUGAUGCAUAAUUUCAUUGCAUAUUUUCGGAAGGGAGGUGAUUUCUUAAAAUCUAUUGAGCAAAAUCACCUCGUAAACAAGUUGCACUCUUUAACAGUCGAACCGUAAAAGAGGCAGAGUCCAACAUCUUCACGUGCAAACCGUGUUCUAUUUUCAAAACCCUUGGGUUAAGUAGAUUAAGUCGUAUCCUCUCAUACACGAACCACGGAAGCGGCAAAUUCCAAAGCUUUCACGUUCAAACUGCGUGACAAUACAACAGUAAGGGCCUGAUCACAUGAGCCAAGGAAGCAGUGUGCAUGAACAGUGUGUUACCCGCUGUCCUGUUUUUCGCUUGGUUGAUUCGCCGGCCCGCGCGGCAAGCAUGAUUACUUGGAAAAUUUCCGCCCAAAAUCCCGGCAUCACAAUACUGGGAUCCCAGCUGACCGGGCUGAAUUUGUUGUCAUAUAAUCGCAAAGUUGAAUUUUUGCUGCAUUUAACUAAGGUGCUGGGUUUUCUGCAAAGCGAGCUAGCCCGGCUCAUGUAAUCAGUUCUACAGCCAGAUUUUACACCCUCCCCUUGACCUCACCGAUUUUUCAAAGCUCCCGAGCACACACACAAAAUUUGAGCCCCCCACAUCUUUCAUACCUCAGUCUCUAUAUUAAAUGAACAUUUGGCCUAAUCCGUGUUCUCUCGAUACAAAUAUGAUCAAAAAUAGCCAAAAAACAAUCCUAAAAGAACGUUUAAAAUAAGUACAAAUAUGUUUUCGACUAUUGAUAACACUUUUCACAAACACCACUUCAUUUCAACACACUGUAACUACACUAUCCCUUCAUAACCAAAUUAGCACUUCCAGAACUACCUCACUGCAACACCUAAAAUCACUUUAACACCUCCCAAAAUAAUAAUUCUUUGUUACUUCAUAUUAAAUUCUACGAGAAACAAGUUUCACUGAUGAACAAACUACAGCCAUUAUUUCACCAAAUCACGUCCAAUAUAACUCCACGCUUCCACUUCACGCAUCUCAACCAACCCCUAAAAUAUGCAACGCUACUGCACUACUCGUACAUCCCUAAUACACAUAAUAAAAACUUAACACACGCCUAGCACAUCGACGCCCAAAUAUACGCUCCCACAGCGUCUUGUUCCUUGCGAAGCGAGGCGCAAAGCCAGGCGCGAAGUGCAAGAGAAGAGAGUUUAUAAUAUCGUCGCGUGCGCUCGCAGUGCGUGGACUGCGCGUGGAUCCUUAGCGAGUAGUAGACUCGCAGCGCCCAUCUAUACUUGUAUAUAUCCAAUGGUGUCCGCCAUGACGUCAUACAGUAGUUUGACGUCACAGCACAUUUUUCGUUUCCAGGCAACAUUCGACUGAAAGCGAUUUUCAUCAUAUCAAUGGCCAAAGUGCUUGUUUUUUUUGCGGUCGUCUUAGGAGUCGUAAGUGCUUUUUGCAAUUGAAUUUGGAAUGCAAAAAUACUUUUAAGAGCAAAUGGAAGCGAUUUUGGAUAAUUAGCCUUAAGAUAUGAGCGAAAAUCGGGGUAACAAAACACGUUUUGCUCGCAGACGAGUUUAAUAUACAAUAUCGGCUUAUAGUUGGGCAUCUGCCCGUGGUUGUUCAAAAGUUGGAUAGCCCUUUUACCGGAUAAAUCGCUAUCUAGUGGAUAAGUAUUACGAAAACUAAUUGCGUUAUCGACUGGAUAGUGAUUUAUCCGGUGGAUAGCGCUAUCCACCUUCUGAAAUUUAAAUGCGAUGAAAUGCGUUUACCUUAGGUUUCUAUCGUCAAAACAGCAGUCAUUCUUGUGAAAAGUAUCUCUGAAUUCGUGUUUGAUAGGGCUCGAUCAACUUUGUACAGGACGCGCAUGCGGAAGUUCUAGGCAAAAGGGUUUUAAUGAAAUGUGUUUCAUGUGGCGCAGUGGUAACGAAAUGGCCUGGCUUGCAAAAGGUCCCGAGUUCGAUUCUGGGCAAAACCCAUUUUUUUCUUCUCUUCGUUUCUGUUUUUUUCUUUUCCUUUACGUUUAGUCUUCUUUUUAGUUAUUGUAGUUUUGUUUUUUUUGUUAUAUAGCUUGAGUUUUUUAAAUUUAUAAAUUUUCUUCCUUAUUGCCUCAUUUUCCUUUCAACUUCUUAGUCCUUCGUGAGGUCCUGCGAUUCACGUAUUUCUAGUUCAUAUUAAUAUCUUUAUAUGAGUGUCUACAUAAUGAUAUAAUACUCAAGUACAUGUACAUAUAGCCUAGUAGUAGCUCCACCAAUCAGAACGCAGCAUUGAUAAUAGACCACUGGUUGGAUUUUACUAAAUAAUGAUAUGUUACUCAAGUACAUGUAAACCUACUUUCUUGUGGUCUUGGACUAGUGUCCAAUGUACUUCUAAGGUCAACACUGAUACUGUCAAGCAAUACAUUGAAUGUGAGUAUAAUACAUCUCACUAUCACAUUUACCUUUAAUUAAAAGACUUAGUUUCCUUUGUCAACACAUAAAGCUAAGUGUUGUUUUGUCAGUGUGUCUUUAGAUCACUGAAGUACAUUAUUAACAUCAUUCCUAGGUUAUUUUGUAAAGUAGAUAUUAAACUGAAAAUGUUCACCAUUCUGAUUAAGAGGGUGCAUUUCUCUAUUAAUUUCGUAUCACAGGUAAGCCUGAAUUCACUGAACACCCACAGAGUCAGACACUGGUGCAAGGAUCAAGUGUAACCUUUUCAAGUGAUGCAAAUGGCAUUCCUGAUCAUGAGCCAACGUUUUCUUGGACCAAAGAUAGAUUUCCUGUGACUGCCGACAAUAGAAUCAGUUUUUCAGCAGAUAACAAGCAACUGAGCCUAACAAAUGUGAAUAGGAAAGACAGUGGAGAAUACGUAUGUGUGGCCACCAACAGUGUGAGGACAGUUUACUCCAAUGCAGCUACAUUGACAGUUCAUUGUAAGGAAACCUUUACUAGUUUUUUACUUAAGUCACUGAAUUAUUGGGCAACUCUGUGGUGCUAAGUAACCUUCGUAAAUUUUGAUUUUCCUUUCACUGCCUCUAUCUAUUUUAGCCACUCCUUAUCAACAUCAUUCUGUAGGUGAUUUCAGAAACUAAAUGGAAAACGGGGGUUUAAUUAUUAUUUUAUCUCUUUCUUAUGACAGUUCCGCCAGAAUUCACUGCACACCCACAAGGUAAAACGUCAAUGCAAGGAUCAAGUGUAGCCUUCUCAACUGAUGCAAAUGGCGUUCCUGAACCAACAUUUUCUUGGACCAAAGAUGGAUCUGCCGUAACUGCCGACAAUAGAAUCAGUUUUUCAGCAGAUAACAAGCAACUGAGCCUAACAAAUGUGAAUAAGACAGACAGUGGAGUAUACAGAUGUGUGGCUACCAACAAUGUGGGCACAGUUAAAUCCAAUGCUGCUACAUUAACAGUACCUUGUAAGAAAACUUUUACUCACUUUUUACGUAAACCCAAUCGUGUAGCCCUUAAUCCUUUCAAAUUCCUUUCACCGCUCCUUUCCUGGAUUAUCUCAGUUACUCCAUAUGGGCACUGCCUUUCAAAAAAAGGGACUUGUUGGGUGCCAUUCAAACUUGAUUACCUCUCACUAUUAUUUUAUUCAGAAUCGAAAAAAUUGUACAAUGCCAGAAAACACAUUUGCUACUCUAGGGGGCCCUGUGUUUUUCCUUAUUCAUCUCAAUAUCUUUAUAUGAGAAGUGUCUACAUAUGUUACUCAAGUAAAGCCAGUUUCUUGUGGUCUUGGACUAGUGUCCAAAGUACUGCUAAGGUCAACACUAAUACUGUCUAUCAAUACAUUGACUGUGCUUAUAGAACGUCUCGGUAUCACAUUCACCUUUAAAAGACUUUGUUUACUUUGUCAACACGUAAAGUAAUUUCUCUUAGCUAGGUGUUGUUUGGUCAGUGUGUCUUUAGUUCAGUGAAGAUCAUUAUUAACUUCAGGGCUAAGUUAUUUUGUAAAGUAGAUAUCAAACUUAAAAUGUGCAUCAUUUUGUUUAAGAGGAUGCACAUAUUUAUUAAUUUCUUAUCACAGAUAAUCCUGAAUUCACUGAACACCCACAGAGUAAGACACUGGUGCAAGGAUCAACUGUAACCUUUUCAAGUGAUGCAAAUGGUGUUCCUGAACCAACAUUUUCUUGGACCAAAGAUGGAUAUGCUGUAACUGCCAAUGAUAGAAUCGUUUUAUCAGCAGAUCACAAAGAACUGAGCAUUACCAAUGUGAAUAGGACAGACAGUGGAGAAUACAGAUGUGUGGCUACCAACAGUGUGGGCACAGUUAUCUCCAAUGCUGCUACGUUAAAAGAACAUCGUAAGAAAACUUUUACUCAAUUUUUAUUUAAACCCAAUUGAAAAAUCCUGUAGCAAUAAGCAAGCACUGUUUUACAUUCCGCUGCUCCUUUCCUGGACACUCCAAAUGAGCACUGCCUUUCAAAAAAGUGCUUGUCAGGUGCCCCUCUAACUUGAUUACCUUUCACCAUUCUUUUUUUCAGAAUCAAAAAAGUUGUGGAACGCUAAAAUACACAAUUAUUUCGUAUUUGUGUUCUUUUUUUGCUAAUCAACGGAGUCCCGUCUAUUUCCUUAUUCAUUAAAAAAUAUCUUUAUAUGAGAAGUGUUCUACAUAUGUUUCAACACACUGGAACCACACUAUCCCUUUAUAACCAAAUUAGCAGUUCCACAACUACCUCACUGCAACACCUAAAAUCACUUUAAUAUCUCCCAAAAUAAUUAUUUUUUGUUUUUUUUUUUUUGUAUUAAGAGUCGUUGUCAGAGAAAAGCGGGCAAAAUGUUAAAAAUGUCAACGGAAUGGGGUCAACAGAAUAAGUUCAUACUAACAUCAUAGAUAGGUUAGGUGGAGUAAUGGACAAAUAUAAUAAAUGUAGGUUCUUCACUGCUCUUGUAUUAGAGAUACGAGCAUCACUUUAUUCGACCCCCUCGGACGCCAUUUUUAUAAGCAAAUUUUCACCAUUUUCUGACACUCACAGAACCCUCAAAAUUAAACGAGCGAACUUUGUUUUAUGCAUGCGAUACAAUACAUUACAGAACUACUUUCUGAAACCAUAAGAUCUGUUAAGCAGCCACGGACAAGACUAAAAUUUUCUUAUUUUAUCUGACCUAAACUCAGUGUCCGCAAACGAGCAAAAAAUCGGACAUUUUUGAAUUGAUCUAAAACGCACAACUAAAACGACAGAACAACUCUGACAGCCAAAUUGCAGUCUACUAUCAUCCAUGUAACCAAAACAAUAAUCAUCAUUUUGGGCCAUUGAAACAGGAAGAAAUUAGAAAACUCACAUUUGUUAUAGUUUCCAAGUUUUUUCUUGCAAACAGGCCGAUCCCUUCGUGUUUCUUUUAAGUCCUCUUCGUGAAUUUUCUUUUAUAUUUCGCUGUAAAGUAUGUUCAGCAGCUGGAGGAAAUAUCAAAAAGCUCGAAAUACUGCUUAGGUUACAUUUUGAAAGGGUAAAAAAUGCUGAACGAUAGGAUGAAACUAGAAGAUAACAAAGCGACGCCAUCUUGAAAAUUCAGCACUCAGGAGGGACUGGCACUAGUAGUUGCGUUCGAUAUCUAAACAUACGGACAAAAAUUGCAAAUUUUCCACGAGCACAUAGAAAAGCAAACAUAAUAUAGAAAUGUAACCAGAAAGGUUCGGAUUGAUGUUAGAAUUUUUCUUUAUCGAACGUGGGCUAUUACGAACUAUUACCAGGAGCAGGCUCCUGCAAGAGCCUAUGGGCUCCUGAUUACCAAUAAGAUAAAAAAACAAAAAACAAACAAACCAGCUUAUCAGCGACCUACUUCAGUCUUAUUUCUUCUUCAAUUACUUCUUUUAGUUGGAUUUAGCUUGUUUUUCUUUCAAAGGAAAAAACAAGAAGAACGUCUGAUCGCAGGUUAAUUGGUGAUUAACUGGCAUUGCUUCAUUCCCUCCUCAUUUCAAGAUGUCCCGUGAAUGUAGAUAAUAUUAAAGAUCUAUUUUGUCUCUUUAUGAAUCACUUAACUUUGCUCUCAUGCGAGCUAGCUAGACUUGCUAUAUAUCAACCUCGCGAGUUUCGAAGCGUGCGGGCUAACUGCGGGCAGUGGAUAUUGCUUGCUGUAAAAUUUGCAAUAAUUUUUAUUACCAACUGUUUAUUAAAAUUUAAAAUAAACAUAGUACAUGCAGUUGAAUCAGUGUGCGGAGCGGGCGUUUUAGGUCACAAAGCGGCCAAGGGAGCCAGUGGACGAAGUACUUUUUUGAAAGUAAGCCUUCUAACUGAUGAUCUCAUCGCUGUCACUUCGUAUUUCCAUAAGGUAAUAGACCUUCAAAUGUUGACAAGAGCUGUCAAGAUAAGCCAUUCAUAGCGUUUACCAGAAUCUGGUAUACCGGAAGGAUCCAGAAGGAGCUUUUGUUAAAAAGUACCAUUAAAGGAGUUCUUACGACUCUCACUCCGUACCCCUUUCAAUCAUUGUUUUUUGUGCCGUCACUUCUUUUUCAGAAUGCUCUUUGCACGGUCCACACAAGAUAAACGCCACGUUUAGAGGGAACGCGCAAAUUCUCUUACAGAUUGCAGUACUGUUUGCAGCUCAAACACUUUACGGUUCCGCGGGUCGCAUGUAAAGAAAAGGCGGAUCCGUGCAAGUAUAUGGCCGUUCAAAAAUUUGUAAAAGGGGUCCGAGUGUUAACUCGAGUUGUUACCUUUUCCAUCAUAUUGAUCAUUGAUUUAAGUCGUACACCUGGAAGUUUACAGCCACUAGGCUCCUUUUGGUUACUGGUGUAGCUGUGAAAGAAUUGACAUCUCCUACAUCUCUUCGUCACUGGAUUUGUCAAAAACCCUCUCACUACGGUGUUUAACAAAAGCAGUCCUCACAUUUAGAGAAAUUGUCAAGGUCUUGCCUUAAAUUCAGAGGAGGCAAUAAUGACAGAAAUGGAAUUUAUUCAUCUCCUAAGUAGUUAAUUUCCAACGCCAUUUCGUUUGUUAAUCUUUUCCACGGCGCUGUUGCAAAAAAUGCGCCCGCGAGUCACACGAGAUGGCACAAAAUGUGCUAAAAAUAGCACAUUUAAUGGCUAUGAUAUAUAUUUCAGGGGCACCCAACGACAAUUUUCGGAAAAUAUCUGUUCGGAAGACGAUUUGCGAUCUAGAAUUUUUGGAGCCUUUGUUGUAAAAUUUCUUGCUUGCCUGCCUCUCCCAGGAUUUUCGAACAUCUAAAAAAUGGUAUAAUUGCCCAUUUUUAACGGAUUUUUACCCUUAAAAGAUCACCUAGAAUUUUUCGUGAGCCUUUGUUCUGGCUGAAAUUUUCGAAAAGGUAAGUUUUGAUCCCUAUAAUAUACUAAAAUACGUUUAACAAUGCUAUGUUUAAGUGGUUUUGAACUAUCUUCUCGUUGGGUGCCCCUGAUAUUUCGAUGAAGUCAGCCCCAUCCCUGGAAAAGGUAUCCAGUUACCUGGAUACCUUUACGGUUAUGGUCUACUACCCCGAUUUAGACAUAUAUGCUCCUGGUAGAGUAUAAAAACGAAAUUUUGUUUAAUUUCGCAGCGUAAUUAGCGUUGCUAGAUAACUCUGUCCGCCAUCAGGAGCCGGUAAACCACAAUUAAAACCAAAAAUGUAUGAGUAAAGACUACACAUCAAUAUUCAUAUUAAUCUUGUAAAAAUUCUAGUAUGAGCCGUUAAAAUUGUUGAAUGACCUUCUUCACCUCAGACACUCGUGUCAGUCAAGUGUGAAUCGAAGUCCCCCAUUUUGCCUUUUUGUUCAAAAAAAACCUCUGACCUAGCAGCCCGGCUGCAUCUUGCGCUCAUCACCCGCCCCCAAGGGGUGAGGAUCUGGCUCCUUUUUCAUAGGAAAUUCAUAAAUUGUCUACUAAAACACCGUGCAAUAUGGAAGUAAGGCCAAUUUAAGCACUAAGAGCUGCUCAGAUAUCUCAGAUUUGGAAAAAAACUAGUGAGAGAAAUUGCUCAGAAAUUAUACAAAAAGUUGCUUGAAACGAAAAAAGUUGCUCGAAAUACUAGAAGUUGCCAAAAGGUUGCCAAGCAACUUGUGGAAAGCCCUAGGGAAAAGGGGAGGGGGGUGGGAGGCUACUCAAUAAAGCUUUGCUCGGAGAGGCUUCGCCCCGAGGUCCAGUCCCUUACCCUUAUAUAUACUAUUUUUGACAAAAGGUACCCCUUUCGUGUAUCUUCCAUUGAAAAGUUGUACCCUUUUCAUAUAUCUGCUUCGUAAGAAUAAAUCGGCAAGAAAGGAGGUCUUCGGGCCAUUUUCGUGUAACCUUUAACUGAAUUAACAUGUAAAUGAUAUUGCCAUAAGGCGUGUUUCUUCGAAGCAUUUUAAUAAAAGGCCCUUUAAAAUACUUAAUGAAAGAUUUUCCUCUCCUUUCACAUACUUCAACGUGUGAUUUUCCUACCCUUUGUUACACCUGAUGCUUGAAAGAGGUACCCUUCGGGCGAAGCCUUCCGGACUACGAAAAGUGCAUCAUGAAAUCAGGAACAGGAGAUGAGUGGACCAUCGGACAUGGACGGUGAUUGAAGUUCACGCAAACAUAGAUGAUACAAUAAAGGCGGUGCGUCGCAUGGGACGUUAGUCGCGUUGCACCUACCCCUUUUGGGUUUUUGCUUCUAAAUUCCUUUUCUUUUCUUUUUUUUUUUGUGUGUUGUAUUAUAAAUUUAUAUUGUAUAUUACAAAAGGAUUACCCAAUAAAGCUGUGGAAAAAAAAAAAGAUUCCAAGCAAAGCCUUAUACGGGAUAACUCAAAAUGAAGUGAAUGAAGAGUAAAUGAAGAGUGAAUAAAGUAAUGGCAAUUGGUCACCUGUUCACCACACCCUAUCACUCCGCCAAAAAAAAAGACAACACAAAACAAGCUAAAUGUAACUAAAAGUAGUGAUUGAAGAAGAAAUAGGGGUGUAGUAGGUAACUGAUAAGCCGGUUUGUUUGUUUGUUUUUGUUUUUUAUCUAUUUGGUAAUUCAUCGAAUUCAUCACCUCGUGGACAAGGCAGCUACUAGUGCCAGUCCCUCCUGAGUGCUGAAUUUUCAAGAUGGCGUCGCUUUGUUACUUUCUAGUUUCAUCCUAUUGUUCAGUACUUUUUGCCCUUUGAACAUGUAACCUAGGCAGUAUUUCGAGCUUUUUGAUAUGUUCUCCAGCUCCUGAACAUACUUUACAGCGAAAUGCGAAAGAAAAUUCACGAGGAGGACUUAAAAGAAACACGAAGGGAUCGGCCUGUUUGCAAGAAAAAGCUUGGAAACUAUAACAAAUGUGAGUUUUCUAAUUUCUUCCUGUUUCAAUGGCCCAAAAUGAUUAUUAGUGUUUGGUUACAUGGAUGAUAGUAGACUGCAAUUUGGCUGUCAGAGUUGUUCUGUCAUUUUAGUUGUGCGCUGUAGAUCAAUUCAAAAAUGCCCGAUUUUUUGCUCGUUUGCGGACACUGAGUUUGGGUCAUAUGAUAUAAGAAAAUUUUAGUCUUGUCCGUGGCUGCUUAACAAUUCUUAUGGUUUUAGAAAGUAGUUCUAUGAUGUGUUGUAUUGCAUACAAAAAAUAAACUUCGCUCGUUAAAUUUUGAGGGUUCUGUGAGUGUCAGAAAAUGGUGAAAAUUUGCUUAUAAAAAUGGCGCCCGAGGGGGUUCAAUAAAGUGUUGCUCGUAUCUCUAAUACAAGAGCAGUGAAGAACCUAUGUUUAUUGUAUUUGUCCAUUACUCCACCUAACCUAUCUAUGAUGUUAGUAUGAACUUAUUCUGUUGACCCCCUUCCGUUGACAUUUUUAACAUUUUGCCCGGUUUUCUCUGACAACCACUCUUAAAUUCUACGAGAAACAAGUUUCACUGAUGAACAAACUACAGCCAUUAUCUUACCAAAUCACGUCCAAUAUAACUCCACGCCUUCCACUUCACACGUCUCAACCAACCCCUAAAAUAUGCAACGUUACUGCACUACUCGUACAUCCCUAAUACACAUAAUAAAAACUUACCACACGCCUAUUACAUCGACGUCCAAAUAUACGCUCUCACAGCGUCUUGUUCCUUGCGAAGCGAGGCGCAAAGCCAGUCGUGAAGUACCGAGCAAAGAGAGUUUAUAAUCUCGUCGCGCGCGCUCGCAGUGCGUGGACUGCGCUUGGAUCCUUAGCGAGCAGUAGACUCGCAGCGCCCAUCUAUACUUGUAGUUAGUAUAUACACACUCAGUGAUCUUGGUGAUUUAAGCAAUCUGAUUGGUCCGCUAUCUCGGACUAUUCAACAAUAUUCACCUCCUAGCGAGUGGAUAAUGUGUGAGUUCGGUGUUUUCCCCAUUUUUUUAGAGAACGAUCUUUUAAAAGUAAACAAAAUCCUAGGGCUGACUUUUUUAAGGCAAGAAAAGACUUGAAAGGAUUGAAUACGGCGUUUUUCAAUUUACUGUAGUUGAGUUUUGUGAUCUUUCCCGUGUAUUCGCGUAGAAAAAGCCGUUUCGCGAACUCAACGUUUUCUAACAAGAAAAUUUUGGCUCAAAAGUUAAUUUAUGACAAACAGAUUUCAAAGGAAAUGUUUGCAGAAAUUCCGCAUUUCAAGUAAACAGGAAAAAUAAUGAUACAGGAAGACGACGUCUUACCUCGAGCAACCGAGCCCCCCUUUUUGUCAGCACUUCAUGCGAAGAACGACACAACAAACCCUUUUGGUUAUAAACUUGGCGAGUCAACAGAAUCAACAAAGCUCUACUUUUCGUCUCAGGCAAGGAAACAAUUCAAACUUUUAGCGGUUCCAUUUAAGCCUUUAGGCUGUUGUUUGCGAAAUUAUAAACUUGUGAAUUGCCAUGUUUCAAAAUUCUGCAAAGAUCUAUUUUUAAGCUUACGCGUGAUUUGAUCUGUCAAUCAAAUCAUACUUUUCAAUGGUUUCCUCUCUGAUUUUGUUGAGAUCACUUCGUGUGUAUAUACUAAAACAAUUAUUCUUUUCAAUCUCGGCGAAUAAUGGCUUUAGGAAUAUUUACCUCGCCGCUUCGCGGAGCGGUAAAUAAAUCGCCACUAUUUACCUCGAUUUCAAAGAAUAAUUGUUAAAUAUACGAUGGUGUCCGCCAUGACGUCAUACAGUAGUUUGACGUCACAGCACAUUUUUCGUUUCUAUGCAACAUUCGACUGAAAGCGAUGUCCCAUCAUAUCAAUGACCAAACUGCUUGGUUUUUUUGCGGUCGUUUCAGGAGUCUAAAGUGCUUUUUGCAACUGAAUUUUGAAUGCAAAAGUACUUUUAAGAGCCGAUUUUGGAUAAUUAGCCUUAAGAUAUGAGCGAAAAUCGGGGUAACAAAACACGUUUUGCUCGCAGACGAGUUUAAUAUACAAUAUCGGCUUAUAGUUGGGCAUCUGCCCGUGGUUGUUCAAAAGUUGGAUAGCCCUUUUACCGGAUAAAUCGCUAUCCAGUGGAUAAGUAUUUCGAAAACUAAUUGCAUUAUCGAUCGGAUAGUGAUUUAUCUAGUGGAUAGUGCUAUCCACCUUUAGAAAUUUAAAUGCGAUGAAAUGCGUUUACCUUAGGUUUCUAUCGUCAAACAGCAGUCAUUCUUGUGAAAAGUAUCUCUGAAUUCGUGUUUAAUAGGGCUCGAUCAACUUUGUACAGGACGCGCAUGCGGAAGUUCUAGGGAAAAGGGCUUUAAUGAAAUGUGUCUCCCGUGGCGUAGUGGUAACGAAAUGGCCUGGCUUGCAGGAGGUCCCGAGUUCGAUUCUGGGCAAAACCCAUUUUUCUCUUCCCUUCGUUUCUGUUUUUUUCUUUUCCUUUAACGUUUAGUCUUCUUUUUGUUUGUUUCUUUAUAUAGCUUGAGUUUUUUAAAUUUAUAAAUUUUCUUCCCUAUUGCCUCAUUUUCCUUUCAACUUCCUAGCCGUUCUCCCGAAGUCCUUCGUGAGGUCCUGAGAUUCACGUAUUUCUAGUUUAUAUUAAUAUCUUUAUAUGAGAAGUUUCUACUUGACAAUUACUCCUCGAGCCCGAAUGUGCUCUGAGUUAAUAGCCCAUGAGGCCGAAGGCCGAAUGGGCUAUUGACUCAGAGGCCAUGAGGGCGAGAGGAAUAAUUGUUUUAGUAAAAUCCAACUAGUUGGUCAAAAAUAUCGAGAAUAAAAAACUUUUAGCUAGUUAUAGCUAGAAUUUAAUCCUUUUUUGCCGCCUAAAAGCCCGCGCUUGUCGCUACUAAUGGGUUAUAACAUAUAGCCUAGUAGUAGCUCCACCAAUCAGAACGCAGCAUUGAUAACAGACUAGUUGGAUUUUACUAAAUAAUGAUAUGUUACUCAGGUACAUGUAAACCUAUUGUAGUUUCUUGUGGUCUUGGACUAGUGUCCAGUGUACUUCUAAGGUCAGCACUGAUACUGUCAAUCAAUACAUUGACUGUGAGUAUAGAACAUCUCACUAUCACAUUUACCUAUAAUUAAAAGACUUAGUUUCCUUUGUCAACACAUAAAGCUAAGUGUUGUUUUGUCAGUGUGUCUUUAGAUCAUUGAAGUACAUUAUUAACAUCAGUCCUAAGUUAUUUUGUAAAGAAGAUAUUAAACUGAAAAUGUUCACCAUCGUAUCACAGGUCAGCCUGAAUUCACUGAACACCCGCAGAGUCAGACACUCGUGCAAGGAUCAAGUGUAACCUUUUCAAGUGAUGCAAAUGGCAUUCCUGAGCCAACAUUUUCUUGGACCAAAAAUAGAUCUGCUGUAACUGCCGACAAUAGAAUCAGUUUUUCAGCAGAUAAUAAGCAACUUAGCCUAAAAAAUGUGAAUAGGACAGACAGUGGAGAAUACGUAUGUGUCGCCACCAACAGUGUGAGGACAGCUUACUCCAACGCAGCUACAUUGACAGUUCAUUGUAAGAAAAUCUUUACUCACUUUUUACCUAAGUCAAAUUAUUGUGCAAUUCUGUAGUGCUAAGUAACCUUCGUAAAUUUUUAUUCUCCUUUCAUUGCCUCUAUCUAUUUUAGCCACUCCUUAUCAACAUUAUUCUGUAGGUGAUUUCAGAAACUAAAUGGAAAACGAGGGCUUAAUUAUUAUUUUAUUUCUUUCUUAUUACAGUUCCGCCAGAAUUCACUGCACACCCACAAGGUAAAACGUCAAUGCAAGGAUCAAGUGUAGCCUUCUCAACUGAUGCAAAUGGCGUUCCUGAACCAACAUUUUCUUGGACCAAAGAUGGAUCUGCCGUAACUGCCGACAAUAGAAUCAGUUUUUCAGCAGAUAACAAGCAACUGAGCCUAACAAAUGUGAAUAAGACAGACAGUGGAGAAUACAGAUGUUUGGCUGCUAACAGUGUGGGCACAGUUAAAUCCAAUGCUGCUACAUUAACAGUACCUUGUAAGAAAACUUUUACUCACUUCUUACUUAAACCCAACUGAAAAAUCCUAUAGCAAUAAGUAAGCAUUCUUUUACAUUCCGCUGCUCCUUUCCUGAAUUAUCUCUCAGUCAGUCACUCCAUAUGAGAACUGCCUUUAAAAAAAAGGGGGCUUGUUGGGUGCCCUUCUAACUUGAUUACCUUUCACUAUUCUUUUAUUCAGAAUCAAAAAAGUUGUUUAAUGCCAGAAAACACAUUUGCUACUCUAGGGGGCCCUGUGUUUUUCCUAUUCAUAUCAAUAUCUUUAUAUGAGAAGUGUCUACAUAUGUUACUCAAGUAAAGCCAGUUUCUUGUGGUCUUGGACUAGUGUUCAGAGUACUGCUAAGGUCAACACUAAUACUGUCUAUCAAUACAUCAUCGACUGUGAUUAUAGAUCAACACAUAAAGCAAUUUCUGUUAUCUGGGUGUUGUUUUGUCAGUGUGUCUUUAGGUAAGUGAAGUUCAUUAAUAACUUCAGGCCUACGUUAUUGCUAUUUUGUAAAGUAGAUAUUAAAAUCAAAAUGUACAUCAUUCUGAUUUAAGAGGGUGCAUAUAUUUACUAAUUUCUUAUCACAGAUCAGCCUGAAUUCAAUGAGCACCCACAGAGUCAGACACUGGUGCAAGGAUCAAGUGUAACCUUUUCAAGUGAUGCAAAUGGUGUUCCUGAGCCAACAUUUUCUUGGACCAAAGAUGGAUAUGCUGUAACUGCCAAUGAUAGAAUCGUUUUAUCAGCAGAUCACAAAGAACUGAGCAUUACCAAUGUGAAUAGGACAGACAGUGGAGAAUACAGAUGUGUGGCUACCAACAGUGUGGGCACAGUUAUCUCCAAUGCUGCUACGUUAAAAGAACAUCGUAAGAAAACUUUUACUCAAUUUUUAUUUAAACCCAAUUGAAAAAUCCUGUAGCAAUGAGUAAGCAUUCUUUUACAUUCCACUGCUCCUUUCCUUGAUUAUCUCUCAGUCAGUCAUUCCAUAUGAGAACUGCCUUUCAAAAAAAGUGCUUGUUAGGUGCCCCUCUAACUUGAUUACCUUUCACUAUUCUUUUAUUCAGAAUCAAAAAAGUUGUGGAACGCUAAAAUACACAAUUAUUUCGUAUUUGUGUGUUUUUUUGCUAAUCAACGGAGUCCCGUCUAUUUCCUUAUUCAUUAAAAAAUAUCUUUAUAUGAGAAGUGAGAAGUGAGAAGGGGGAUAGCGAUAGCGAUAGCGAUAGCGUUGUAAAGAAACCAUUACAGUUGUGCAAUUUCUCAGUUAACCUUUCGCGUAUAGAGCACCUAUAAAUCGCCAUUCACAAUUAAAGGUGUAUUCCUUUCGGUGAAUCCAAAAACGGAUUUAAUAUCUUAAAACGGAUUUUGCGUUCCUUUCGUUCCUUCCUUUCCUUUCCCGAGGAGUUUCCUAACUGCUGCCAUUUGCCGUAAAACAUCUGAAAACACUAGAAAAUUGUUCAUAGUGGUACAGUAAAAUAUCCGUGUGCUGACCAUUUGUCGCUAAAGAUUGCUCAAAAACACAAAUAAGUAAAAGGUUUGUAUCUUUCUACAAACUCGCUUGUGGACGCCAUAGGCACGCGAUCGUGUUACAUAAAAAACGGAGCUACGAAACUGGAUCAAACUGAGCCGACAACCUUUAGUAAAUUUUCAACUUUAACGCGCUCCUUUCUUGAUCUGUUUAUGUUCCAUCGUCGUUAUUCGAACUGCUGACCACAAAAUUCUGCUUUGUAUAAUCACAUAAUUUGUCAAACAGUAGAAAACAUGUCAUUUCUUGAGAGGCUCAGGCUGUCAUGCACAUUGCACGCGUUUGCGAAAGGUUACCAACGUCACAAAUCCAAUUUCGGAUUUCACGUUCCUUUCGACAGCGAAAUCCGGCAAAUCUCGGAUCAGAAAUCUGUUUUUGGAUUCGCUUAAAGGAAUACAGUGUUUUUGAUUUCUCUUGGGACGACUGUAAUACCCUGGAGAAUUUGGAAACAAUGGUUAUGCAAAAUUCUGAGGAUCAAGGUGCAUUAUGGUCUAUAUGAAAGUCGGUGAUUACAAGAGAUGUAAAGCGUGCGUAAAAUUAAGCUAUUUGGCGGACAACCUACAUUGUAGUUCCAGGGUCCCCCAGGAGUUGUGCGGGGUUGCGUAAAUGAAGACUACGCGACGGGCCAACGCGACGCGCUCAGGAGGGUCCACUGAAACUCCCUGACGAGAUACAAUCUCUGAAGCUGUAAAGCGCAAGGAAAUUGACGAAAAUUGUUUCUUCUUGGCAUUCAGACUGGUGAUAAAUUAGCCAAACCACCGUUCUUUGUCGCAUAUUCUCGGCUUUGCCGUCACUGUCGCAAUUUGGCCGAGGGAGGUUGUCGCUUGUCGCGAUUUCAUUUUAGGCUCUGUCGCUACUUUUUGGGUCAUGUCGCUUGUCGGAAUUUACCCCGGCAGGGCCUCUUAAAAAGACUGAACGUGACGCACUAUUAUGCCUUUGUUUACUUCUGAUCACAUCUUCAAGCGAAGUCUCUCUUUUCAAGCGAUUCAUCUCAAUGCACAAUAAUUGAUCCUUAUAUUAGUUAAAAUCCUAUGGUUCAUUUAUAUUAAUGCUGUUUUUGCCCCUCACAUUGACUGUGUUCGUUCGUAUUCAAAACACCUUUACGAAAAUAAAGGUCGUAUAAGUCAUGUGUGAUAUGUUUCGAGAUAAAUGGAUUAUACGCUUUUUGAAGUUUCCAUUUUGCGGUGACUUCAGUUUACAUCUCCAUAAAAUGGUAAAAGAAAUAUCAAGAAACAUCACGAGAGCUGAAAAUGUUCAAAGGCAUGUUUUUGAAACUCGCUAAUGCUGACAUCAAUAUAGCGUGCUUGCUGAAUGGGCGAAAACACAGAAUUGUGAUCACAAGAUCUUGUACAAAUUUAAUUGCAAAAGCUUAGCAAGAUACAGAUACAAACAAAAGCAAACCCCCUGAAACCUCGACGUGGGCUACACUUGUAUGCUCUACUCAGUCACCAAACCUUGUCAGUAAUAGCUCCUAUUUUCCUCAAGUCGCUCUCUGUGAAGCUCCCGGAUGGGAUGUCCCGGAGAAGCUUUAAACUUGUGUGCGAAAUUCUCAGAGUUCCUAUUAUUGUCCGUGUCUUCUUUAUCCUCAGUAUCCGAAAUUUAGAUCUCCAAAGUGGCGUGUGUUGCAUUAAAUAGAAGGAAAUAUUUAAAGGAAAAGCCAGUCUUCUAACAUGGCAAAGUUGUCACGUCCCUCGCUUAUGGACGUGCGUCACAUCAGGAUUCAUCUGCCAUUCAUCGGCAACUGAGUUGUUCGCUUCACUGACUAUGACGGCUUACAAUCAAGUCUUCAGCCAUAGUGUCGUCAACUGGUGAAAUACUUUGCUCAUAAAUUGUGCUUCUUAAUUGCUCAUGUACUACAUCGAUCGAUAGUUCACGAAGCAGCCACGGCGUUCCAAACCUGACGCUCAAGUCAUCUUUUCAGUCUUUUAGUGUGAACCUACCGUGAACGGCGUGUCGGUUGAAUGCAACGCGAGCAUUUCUCUCAGUUUCCCAGCGCCAACAUCAUCUAACUGACUUAAACUCGAACAAUGAAAAAAUUAUUGAGUUACUCCCAUGGUCGAAUCGCUUCGAACAACGCAAAUAGCCUUCUUCAGGUUCGCAACGCCUUGUGGGUUUUUCAGGGGCAGCGCAGACAAAGGUACAAAAAGUAUCCGUGCAAGGGUUCAUGCAAGAGAAAAUCCUAUGAAACCAUUUGUGAGAACAUCGUUUCUACGUACCAGACCCUCGUGUUUUCCCUCCCCCGGAUGACCACUUUUUGACACCGACGACCGAAAACCCAUUUUACGACUGGGCUUGCCUGGCAGCCCAGUAAAAAUACUUUUAAGAGCAAAUGGAAGCGAUUUUGGAUAAUUAGCCUUAAGAUAUGAGCGAAAAUCGGGGUAACAAAAUACGUUUUGCUCGCAGACGAGUUUAAUAUACAAUAUCGGCUUAUAGUUGGGCAUCUGCCCGUGGUUGUUCAAAAGUUGGAUAGCCCUUUUACCGGAUAAAUCGCUGUCCAGUGGAUAAGUAUUACGAAAACUAAUUGGGUUAUCGACUGGAUAGUGAUUUAUCCGGUGGAUAGCGCUAUCCACCUUCUGAAAUUUAAAUGCGAUGAAAUGCGUUUACCUUAGGUUUCUAUCGUCAAAACAACAGUCAUUCUUGUGAAAAGUAUCUCUGAAUUCGUGUUUAAUAGGGUUCGAUCAACUUUGUACAGGACUUGCAUGCGGAAGUUCUAGGGAAAAGGGUUUUAAUAAAAUGUGUUUCACGUGGCGUAGUGGUAACGAAAUGGCCUGGCUUGCAGGAGGUCCCGAGUUCGAUUCUGGGCAAAACCCAUUUUUCUCUUCCCUUCGUUUCUGUUUUUUUCUUUUCCUUUUACGCUUAGUCUUCUUUUUGUUUUGUUUCUUUAUAUAGCUUGAGUUUUUUAAAUUUAUAAAUUUUCUUCCUUAUUGCCUCAUUUUCCUUUCAACUUCCUAGCCGUUCUCCCGAAGUCCUUCGUGAGGUCCUGAGAUUCACGUAUUUCUAGUUUAUAUUAAUAUCUUUAUAUGAGAAGUGUCUACUUAACAAUUACUCCUCGAGCCCGAAUGUGCUCUGUGUUAAUAGCCCAUGAGGCCGAAGGCCGAAUGGGCUAUUGACUCAGAGGUCAUGUGGGCGAGAGGAAUAAUUGUUUUAGUAAAAUCCAACUAGUUGGUCAAAAAUAUCGAGAAUAAAAAACUUUUAGCUAGUUAUAGCUAGAAUUUAAUCCUUUUUUGCCGCCUAAAAGCCCGCGCUUUUCGCUACUAAUGGACUAUAACAUAUAGCCUAGUAGUAGCUCCACCAAUCAGAACGCAGCAUUGAUAAUAGACCACUAGUUGGAUUUUACCAAAUAAUGAUAUGUUACUCAAGUACAUGUAAACCUAGUUUCUUGUGGUCUUGGACUAGUGUCCAGUGUACUUCUAAGGUCAACACUGAUACUGUCAAUCAAUACAUUGACUGUGAGUACAGUACAUCUCACUAUCACAUUUACCUUUAAUUAAAAGACUUAGUUUCCUUUGUCAACACAUAAAGCUAAGUGUUGUUUUGUCAGUGUGUCUUUAGAUCAUUGAAGUACAUUAUUAACAUCAUUCCUAGGUUAUUUUGUGAAGUAGAUAUUAAACUGAAAAUGUUCACCAUUCUGAUUAAGAGGGUGCAUUUAUCUAUUAAUUUCGUAUCACAGGUAAGCCUGAAUUCACUGAACACCCACAGAGUCAGACACUGGUGCAAGGAUCAAGUGUAACCUUCUCAAGUGAUGCAAAUGGUGUUCCUGAACCAACAUUUUCUUGGACCAAAGAUGGAUAUGCUGUAACUGCCAAUGAUAGAAUCGUUUUAUCAGCAGAUCACAAAGAACUUAGCAUUACAAAUGUGAAUAGCACAGACAGUGGAGAAUACAGAUGUGUGGCUACCAACAGUGUGGGCACAGUUAUCUCCAAUGCUGCUACGUUAAAAGAACAUCGUAAGAAAACUUUUACUCAAUUUUUAUUUAAACCCAAUUGAAAAAUCCUGUAGCAAUGAGUAAGCAUUCUUUUACAUUCCACUGCUCCUUUCCUUGAUUAUCUCUCAGUCAGUCACUCCAUAUGAGAACUGCCUUUCAAAAAAAGUGCUUGUCAUGUGCCCCUUUAACUUGAUUACCUUUCAUUAUUCUUUUAUUCAGAAUCAAAAAUGUUGUGCAAUGCUAGAAUACACAAUUAUUUGGUAUUUGUUAAUCAAUGGAGCCCCGUCUAUUUCCUUAUUCAUUAAAAAAUAUCUUUAUAUGAGAAGUGUUCUACAUAUGUUACUCAAGUACAUGUAAACCCAGUUUCUUGUGGUCUUGGACUAGUGUCCAGAGUACUGCUAAGGUCAACACUGAUACUGUCCAUUGCCAGAAAUUAGGGACAAGAUGGCGGUUGCGCGUACGCACUUAGGCCACAAUGGCUGCGAACUCGUAUAAGAAAAUGUAUGGAGAUAAGGAAACUUUUUCAAAUAUAUCGAUUAUGAGCUCACGGGUGUUCGGUGCCCGACUCAACACAUGUUAAGUUCGAUUAAGUGCUGUGUAACCUUCGCAUCUGGGUUUAAAAUAGCUAAUUAGAAGUAGGUUUACUUACUUCCUGACGUGGCCACUUUUAUCCCUCGUUGUACGCUCCAUUUCUCCAUAUAUUGUCCACAUAUUAGUCAUGCGAAAUACUCGUCGAUUAGAGGAUAAACCCUUCACUGAAGUAAAUUUGCCCGACUCGAUGUCACUUCUGCGAUGGAAGAUGUUUCCAAAACAGUCGUUAAAAGGACGAUUUUUGCACUGCAAAAUACUUCCAAGGGCGCAUUAUUUCCCUCAGUUUUCCAUCUGUAGUCCAGUAAUGGACGCCAUAGUUGCGAAUGACACAUUUCGGUCGGACAAAGCUUCACAACUCCAAACCUCACCGAAUCGCCAUUUUGUCUGUUGCUACAACUCCAGAGAUGCUUCACGGGAUAUAAACUAGGUUGCAGGCAUUCAAAAAUCCUCGAUUAGCCUACCAGGCUUGGUUUUAAAACAAAAUUGUCACGAAAAUGUCACGAAAGGUAAAUCCGCGUACUGUUUUGUUGCUGUCAGCCGCUUGGCUGACAUUCAUUCUGGUUAAGAAGGUGCAUUCAUGUUGUAAUUUCUUAUCACAGAUCAGCCUGAAUUCACUCUACACCCCAAAAGUCAGACACUGAUGGAAGGAUCAAGUGUAACCUUUUCAAGUGAUGCAAUUGGUGUUCCCAUACCAACAUUUUCUUGGACCAAAGAUAAAUCUGCUGUAGCUGCCAAUGAUAGAAUCAGAUUAUCACCAGAUAACAGACAUCUGACAAUAACAAAUGUAAAUGGAAGAGACCGUGGGGAAUAUAGAUGUGAGGCUCACAACAUUGUGAACACAGUUAAAUCCAAGGCUGCUACGUUGACAAUACAACGUAAGGAUGUUUUAUUCUAUUCAAAAUCAGUUCAGCUAAUAACCUGUGUACCACUUGCCUCGUUAGAUAAUUUCGGCUACUUUGUACAAUCCUCCAAGGUCAGUUUGGUGGAACAAGUGAAAACUGAUAUUACUGGAAAAUUUUCAGCUUCGACUACAGCAAAAUGAUAGGAUCAAACAGUUUUUUCUGAGUAGCCGUCAUCUUUGAUUUUGACAGUAGAAGGAGACUGAGGAAAGGAGAAAGUGAAAUGAACUGGGUGAGCAUAAGAUGAAAGAACGAUGUGGGGGAGGAAGGAAGAAAGCACCAGUCUUCCCGGGCCCGUCCCCACCCCCGUCCCAGCCUUUUGUGACUUGUGCCUAGUGUUUUUGCGUCACUCCCCAAAAUAAUGUUGAAACGUUUUUCUGAUGUACCUUGGAUCAGUAAUAUGACCGAAAACGAUUUUAUAUGGUUUUAUUUUCAAAAAGUAAGAGCAAACCAAUUGUCAGCGAAAGUUGCCAUGACUCCUUUUCACAAGUUGCCUAAGGACAUAUCAGUAAGUUUUCAGACUAAUAGAUUCUUCGCCCUUUUUUCUUUUGUUCUUUGAACUUUCUGCGUAUGAAAACAAUUACAAAGGAAGUGGUUUGAAGUACUUGUAUUUACCUCAAUAGCAAAACCGUUUGGCUACCCUUAAUCGAAUUACAAAACUCUCUUGCAGAACUUAACAAUGUUCCUCAAAAACGCUUCGGUUGACUAACUGUACUACCUAUAUCAUUUCAAACCUGGCCACCAGAAGUUUUCCUUCUCCCCCUUGCGGUUGGCUUUGCUGCUCGUUAUCGCUGCUUUGCGACUCAAGUUUGUUUGAGAAAAUAAAAAGAGAAUGAAAACCUCUGGAAUGAAUAAGAAAGACUGUUGGGCAAUAACAAAAUAUGCACAUCAUUUCAAAUUGCUGCAAUGUCUGUCCUUUUGGCAACCUUUUGAGUAGAGGUGUCCGGUCUACAAGUCGUUUCGCUGCAUCAUGAAGUUGAUUCAUACUGCAAAGCAUUUUUCGUUUCACUGCAUCACGAAAUAGAUUCCGAUCAGAAUAAAGGCUGAGUCGCUUCAAGACACUGAGGCACUUUCAGAGUUCACUCUCCGUUCUAUUCGUAAAGCUUUUCCACCGCGAAGCCAAGUUAGUAUUCCUCGCUUCACGUUAGGCCAGUUUCCCUACUAGUUAGUUGAAACGAAUCCAGCACAAUAAGUUGUAAUCGACAACUCCGACAGAAAAGGAAGAAUACAGACAUAGAGAAUGCUCCGAGAGUAGACCACUUUUGUCUGUUUCAUGACUUUCAUCUUUUAGUUUAUGGUACCAUAGAAUAAAGCUGUAGGACGGAAAUACCGCAUGCUCGGACUUGGUAAGCUUGAUGUGGAAUAUUAAGGGUAACGAAUUAAUGCCGUUCUUUUUAACUAACACCAAGUUUAACAUAAGUCACGGCUAAUACAAACUUAAGCUUGUACAUCUUUAACAUCAUCGCUAGAAACAAAAGUUUUUUGUAUGUUUUCCAAAAUGCUGCAAAACGACUUUGAUAUGUAAUAAAACGACUUAGCUUCAUAUGUAUCUUUAUUUUCUAACAGCUUUUCUUGGACUUAAUAUUGAUGUUAAAGAAAUCACUUCUGGCACUGAAAGCUGUCCUCCUCCCAAUGAGGUUUUGAGGGCCUUUGCUUAUAGGUUUCUUCAUCGACUAGAUGGUUUAGAGGAGCUUGGCCUUUUAGUGCACUAUCUCGAAAGGAUGCGCAAUGUGUUGGUCGUUGAUACCCACGUAGACUGCUUGAUCGUCACAGUGAAGUGUAGUUCUCUACAGAUCCUUGAUGAACUGUGGGAAGACUAUCACACAGGUCAUCUAAAUGAAAUGGCGCAGAAAUAUCUCGUGACGAAAGAAAUUCUAAAGAAGUUUGGCCUAAUCAAGCUGAAACUGGUCACAACCAUUGUGGAAGAGGAGUAUAGAGCUUGUAGACAGUAUUUCUUGCAAUGGCCAGGUUUGUAUGAUAGUUUGAGAGAGUUCAUCUUGUUAUAACGAAAAAAAUAUUAAUGUAAUUUUCUUAAUCUCCUAAGUUAAAUAUUGUGUAUAAUGUAAGUUAACAAUAGCAAUAAAAGCUGUUUCUUUGAAAAUUCUAGAUUCUGGUAUACAAGAUGUCGCUUCUCUAACACCUACCUCGCAAGGAGAGGAUACACACGAUAAGGAUGUAAAGGAUGAAAUACCUGCAGGUGCAGCUGCACCUGGUGAGUGUGCAAUUUUGUCGUAUUUCAGUCUUAUUUUUUCAUGCCUGUAACAUGGUCGUACUUAUAAUAACUCGUCCAAAAUGUUGAAAUCAUCGAUCAAGCGAGAGCUGACUAUAAGCAAUUAAAUCAGUGGUCAAAAGUAACUCGGAAUCCCUUUCGUACUGAAUAUCUCACUCUGAUUAGUUUUGUACAUCUUAAGUUUGAGAUGUGUGGACAUCGUUUUAGAAGUGACAUAUUGUGAAUAAUCAUUUGAUUGAUAUCCGGCCUUACGAUGAACGUUUCUUUGGUUUUACGCAUUAAUUAUUUGGGCAUUGACAGCCGGGUGGGAUUUCAGCCCGGUAUUAUUUACAUGAGGCGAGUUACAAUUGUCGCCUGGGACGAGCCAAGUUUUGAAGCAAAGGUUUUAACAUGGGACCCAAGCCCCUGUAUUUAGGCUCUAUAAGUGACACAAUCCUAGAUAUCUCUAUACAAGAUGUCCCAAAACUUCGUUCCUCUAAUCUCAGGCGCUAUAACUUUUGAUCAAAGAUUUAUUCUUGCAUAAAAUUUCUAAAGAUGUUUAUUGCUUUAUCGAGUACAUGUAUUGAGAAUUUCAGUAACCAGCAUUCCUUCUUUGUUUUUUUUACCACAUUCUGUAGCCGUUGCGGCAUGGAGUGGGAUACAGCAUGUAGAGCCACAGAUAUCAAUUUUGAGCCUUUUUAUCACCUGGUACGUAGGAGCCACUUCUCCACUUCGACCCCAAAAACAACAUUUUUUUACUUUAGGCAGCUGAAAAAAAAAUACUUUAAGCAUUCAUCCAAAAAAAGAUAAUCAUCCCAGCUCCUAUCCAGAGCAACGCUUUUGUACCUCUUUACAAAUUUGAGACGAGCUGAUCGUGUUUGGCAGACUAGCAGAGGUUUUUUUGUCAUCUCUGGCUUUUCAUGAAACUCCUCUAGACUUGGCUUGCUAACUAUCGUGAGAGUUAUCUCGCUGAGUUGUCUCUUUUUUAUCUAACCUUCUUCAAAACUAUUUUAGCCGCUUUAUUCUGGACUAUCAGUCUUCCCCUUCUUUUUUUGUCUUCAAAACCUUCAUUUCUCGAUGACCAUUUCACUAACCCAAUUUUCGGAUUUUUCCAGGUUUUUAUUUAUUUAUUUUUUUUUUUAUUUCCACUGAUAAGCCGGUAAAUCGAAGUAAAUAUGCUUAUGCUCUCACGUAGCUGAACGUUUUCGCGUUUAGAGGGUUUUUCUUUCAUGAUUUUCACAAAACACAAGGAAGGAGUUUGAGCAAAUCGGGCUACAGAAUACGAAAAAUAUGUGGCGGAAUAAUAUACUCGCGUACGCGCACCUUUGGCGCGAAGUACGCAAAUCGAAUAUUAGAGUCACAAGAUGGCAUACCAAGUAUAAAAUAUUAAAUUACAUUGAAACACAAUUUUUGUUUAAACGAUUUGCUUACCAAGUCCAAUAGGACUACAUUACGGUCUUAUAAAAUAGAGGAACGAACUUUUGGGACACCUUGUAGUCUUUUGUUUUUGUUUUUGUUGAUGAUGCUGGCAAUGAUCGGACUAUCUAUCCCAUAAUUAAGCUCCUCCCCUUCCCUUUUCAGUGCGUUUCCAAAGUUAUUUAUCCUUACGCAAGCACGCCUAGCCACCGUGUUAUUAUUAUUAUGACUGAUUUGGAAAUGAUUACCAAAUAGCCAUGUUAACCCGGCUUUCAUCUAAAUAGAAUUGUAUCAUUGAUUUUACUCAAUAACUUUAGUGUAACCUUGAGAUGAACUCCGUCUUGUUUGUUUUUCUUCUUUGGGCAAUCAUUAUUGCUUCGCAUCCAUGAUAACAUGUCUGUAAACAAUGAGUCAGUACGGAUUUGCAGAGUUCUUACGGCCAGUCUGAACGUUUUGUAGUAUCUUCACCAUUCAGGCAGUUUUCAGAACAGGAUGCCAUAUGUUUCCUUUCGUUGGUGUCUCUGAUUGUUUUGUUUGUUUGACGGCGUAUCAUGAACAUGUUUUCCUCGUUUUUUGUCAAAAAAAGGGUUUUGUAUACCGGUAUAUUUAAAGUGUGGUGUUUAGGGAAUAACCUCCGUGAGAAAUACGCUUUUACUUUUAUUCAGCACUCGAGAAGCAUGUAUUGGUUAAUUUCAACACAAGCAUAUAACCCUGAGGCGUCCAAAUUCCCCCUAUUGCUCGGGCGUUUCCAUGGGAACGAUCCGAGCUAUUAAAUGGGAAGGGUUUGUUUUUCUUCUGGCACAAAUCGCCCUCUGGCGCCCUUAACGCGUGCGCAAGAUAUAAGAGUAUGCUGCGUAAAAUGGGUCAACGUUCCAAACCACAGCACAGAGCACGUAGCUGCCUGAGACAUGGUGAGCAAAGGCAUCUCUAUUCGGUUUACAAUAAAAGAUGGAGAGCAAACGGUUCAGUUCCGUCAGAGAUUGACUAUAAACUCUUCUGCGUGAACCUUAAUUAUCAAGAAGCCCUCUCGAAGUAGUAAGCUCUCAACGGAAUUUGAACAGAGUGUUUCUGAAUUCUGAUCAACUCAAGGGUCUUUUUGAAGAUACUAGGAAUUCCCACCGUCUUCUAGCAUUACUCUAAACUCACUGAAAAGGGACAUAUUCUUAUGUGCAAACUGUCAUCUCAAACUCUAAUUCAACGACCAGUUAAUUCAAAUUUCCGAGAAGGGGAACUACUGUUGCAGUGUUACUGUUUAUAUACUUCACUAUAUGAAUGAUUGGUGUACUCUAGUGUAUUGAACAGCGUACUUGCCAAGCUAUAUUUUUCUCCCUAGAACAAAGCAUUCUUGUAUAUUAUUCUUAGUUUGGAGUCCAAAUAAAUGCUAGCUACAUUCUCGACCCCAGUGCUUACGGAUCUGGGAAUGUGCGCGUAUCUACAUACAUGCGCAUGCGUAAUAGCAACCCAGAGAUUAGGAUUGCCGGCUCCUCUUGUCGGCUGCAAUAAUAAUAUAAUGUAUGAAAAUAAUAAUAAUUUAAAAGGUUACAAAUAUAUAAGACAAUAAUAAAAAUAAAUAUAUCUGGGAAUGUAUCUGUAAGAAUUUUUCAAGUAACACCCUACCUCAUCCUGCUUACUUAAUUAAAUGCUAUGGAAAUCUCACUAGUAGAAUAUAUCGAUUAUGAAUAAAAAAUAAGCUAAAGGAUCCCAAGACUUUAUUUUUUAAAGUAGGUGUGUUAACAUAACUAUCUUUGUAUUUCAAAAUAUGUAAAAGACGUUCAUGUAAAGAAGCCUUAAAUAUGUGGGUAGGGAUAACUCGAAUACUUUGAGGACUACUCUCCACAUUCUUGCGCCGAAUCUUGAAAAAGGUCAGGAAGAACAAUUAUAGAUUGAGAGGUGUCGCUGUGCUUUAGUAUGACAUUUCCAUGCUAGGAAAUUUUUGUGCCUUUGUUAGUUGCGAUAUGGGAAACUAACUUCGAGGCAGCUAUUGGAGGAAAAAGCUCCUGCGACUGGUUUUGGAAAAACUCUUCUCAGUGCCAAGAAAUACGACUGCAAGUAAAAUGGUGUUAUUUUGUAGCUAUAACAACUCCGAUGUCUUUGCACCCCUGAUCAUCACAAAUUUUCAUCUUUAUCUAAUACAGGUGUGGUGGUCAUUUUUCCAAAUCUUUGUUAAUGGUGACGUACUUAAUGCUCAAACCUGGGAGGUAUUUAACCUGAAAAACUCCAUCGAGUUACCUUAGGCCUCGAGAUCGCUGACACCCCAGACGUCAUGAAUAGCAACCGGAAGUUCGAUGUCUCGCUUUAUGGAACGCUUUUACCAGUCUCACACAAAGAAUCUGAAUGCCUUUGUUUUAACUCCCGCUGUAAGAAUUUGUCGAGUCAGAGCAAUGAGAGAGAGAAAAUAUCAGCUUCCUCGCUAUUGCCAUUAUAUUGACGUAAGGGACGUUAUCGUUGUUGUCACUCAAGGUCUCAAAUGAGUGCUCUUAAGAUGGAUUUCCACUGUCGCGUAAUUUUUGCGUGUGUACAUAUAACAGAGGUAUGGCAAUAAACGGGGUAUUAUAAACGACGUCGGUUCCUCACUAACAGCCUGUGCGUAUUAACUUGGUGUGCACAGUUGGGUAUCGGUAUUGGUUGGUAUAUAUUCCUAGAUGUCCACAUUUAAAAGCGGAGCGCUUUUAUAAAGUUGGAGUUUGCAUUGACUGAUUGUCUGCUUUGAUUAGGUGUCCAUAUAGGCGGUGUGUUCACAGUAAGAGGGUCUCCGUAUUUACGCAGGGUCUGAUUAAGCGUGGCGUGUGUCGCAGAAGUAUUUCAACGUUGAUAUAUAUAGCGCAAAUGUUGUCGUGGUUUUCGGGUUACGAUGCUCCCGGAUCAGUUCUCUCACACAUAAUUUUUUCAUUAGUGUCCGCAUCACCGGAGUGUCCGUUUUUAAUGGCUCGCCGGUUCUGAGGCAAUUUAUGCAUUUCAUUGUUUUACUAACGUUACGCUAGUGCUUCAGUGAGAAAUUAUAUCCAACAACUUGGUUUAUCAUGAUUUAAUGUUGAGGUGUUUCCUUUAUUUUAGCUGAAGUUAAGGAAGACCUCGAACAGAUGAGAAAAGGAAUAGAAGAGUUGAUUGACAAGUCGAGUAUCUCAAAGACAGAGGAAGAACAAAAUGAAGGUCGGUUUUAGACCUAAAAGAAAAAGCUUAUUUAAGGUGGUUUAUAUACAGAAUGGUAUCAUAACCGGUGGGUUUUAUGAGCCAGUUCCGUUCUUGUUAUUCCGACCAGUAACAAAGGUUGCGCCGUGUAUUUAACUCUCUGUACGCAGGGAAUUGGGGUGGCCUGGGUGGGUAUAGAUUCAACCUUUGUGGUCUGAAAUAUUGUUUGGUUUAGCGUGGAAAUCGGGAAAUGGAUAAGCUCUCGAAAAACACGCUUUGAAAACCAAGGAGUCCAAGAAAUAUUCAUUCACUACACUGCUAUGAUUGAUUGAGGAUUCUUUUAGAAGUAACCUCUGGUUGCUCGCAAAAGGUAAACCUCAACUUCCUUGCUGUUAUGAAAUGAGGAAUGCCUGGGAGCGCGAAACUGUGGAAACUCAUUGUCUUUGAGUUAUCUGUCUGGACAAGUCUAUAUAGCGUAACAAACGUUUGUUAAGGCGUUUUGAAAUAGUUUUUCUGUUCGUAACUCAAUGGUGUAUUUUGUUUGCACUCGUUUUAACAGAGUAUUUAUAUGCUUUGACUCGCACUUUGUAAUUAAUCCUAUCGGGGUAUUGACUUAAUUUACCUUCUGCUCUUAUUCAUAUCAACAGAUACGUGUAUAUUUAACAGUUAUUCCUCGAGCCCGAAUGGGCUCUGAAUCAAUAGCCCUAUUGACUCAGAGGCCAUUCGGACUCGAGGAAUAAUUGUUUUAGUAAAAUCCAACUAGUUGGUCAAAAAUAUGGAGAGUAAAAAGACUUUUAGCUAGUUAAAGCUAGACUUUAAUCCUUUUUUGCCGCCAAAAAACCCGCGCUUUUCGCUACUAGAGGACUAUAAGAUAUAGCCUAGUAGUAGCUCAACCAAUCAGAACGCAGCAUUGAUAAUAGACCACUAGUUGGAUUUUACUAAAUAGAUUUAGCCAGGGUUAAAAGCGAAGCUCUCGCUAAUAUUUAUAGUUUUGUUCCAACAAAACAUGAAAUCGUCUAAUGUUAAGCGGCGAAGGCAACGCCGGAGAACGAAAAACAACAAUAGGUCUAAUUAGCGAAAAAGCAACUUUGCACGUGUAGCACACUUUUUUUGUACAUUUCUUUGCCAUUGUUUUGCACGACUACAACGUGAAACUUCCAGAAACGUCUUAGUUACACGUUUUAUGGAGGAAAUGUCGUACGUUUUUACGUUCACUUUUUUUCACUGCCGCUCAUUUUCAUCUUGCAUUGGUGGCCGCUAGCAUUUCUCAUUUUGUCACCGUCUUCCAACAAAAAAAAUGUCUCCUUCGUUUUUUCUCUCUCGCUCUAAAUCUCUGUCGCCCUUUUUCUCGUUGAGCUUCGCUGGCCUGCCGCCCACUUUCUCUUUUUCUCUGUGUUUCUCUUGCUCUAUAUUCCAAAUUUGUGGACAUGACAAUUAAUCUAAGCUUAAUACUUUUGAAAACACGGAUUCAGAGACAAUUUCCGCUUUCCAUUUUCCUCUUCAUUGAGUCUUUGCUUGUCUCUGCUUUACAAGACGCCGGUGGCUAUGCGAUUUCCCGUCAAAAUAACCUCGAGUUGCAUUUGGGUUGCCAUGCCUGUUGAUUGAGUUAUUUUACAUGGUUAUGCCUGUGGUGCGGAUGGACGGUCAGGCGGUCGGUCGGUGUACGGUCACGUGAUUACCAAAUUUUCUCGGAUGGGUAGUUUACCACAUUUUCUUACCCAUGGUUCGCGCGCGAGAGCUCCGCUAUGACGUGAAAAUGCCUAAUUUCACGUUUCAUGGCGGACAUAAGGGACCUUACGGGCACGCAAAAGUGUGCGUGUUAGUUUUAAGUUUUGUUGCAAAGGAACUCUACUGAGAAGUUCUUCUGUAUGCGUCAGUUCCGUGACCUGUCUGCAUCAUCUGCUGUUGACAUUUGUGUUUUCAGAAUUUCACUGUAAAAAUUUAUUUCAGUCACAGAUUACAACCCGGAGCAGCUCAAAGACGUUUGCAAACACAACAUUGGAUGGACUUUUUUUUGCGGCAGACAUUAGACUAAUGUUCGUUGAGCAAGUUGAAGCGGCGUUGCAAUGAUAAUCGGUUUGAUUUUGUGGUGGAUCCAAGGACCAUGAUAUUAUCAUUUUUUCAUAACCUGCGUAUUGAGAAAGGUUAUGGGAUUUACGUAGUUUUAAUUUCUGUUUUCUUUACCUUGUUCAUUGUAGACUCAAGGGAACCACCUUCCGUACUUUUGGUUGGGUUAUCAGAUAAACAGGAAACAGGUUUAGGUAUAACAAUAACGUUUUUUCACGUGGUACAGUGAUCUGUAAAAAGAAUUGUAUGUAAAUGUAAAUCGGGAGAAACAAUUUUAAAUAGAGAAUUAUCAGUAGGAGCAAACCGUCCCGGGAAGUUCGAAAGCACAAGAAACUGUUUUAGAGAUCUAAAAUACAGUUGCUAGAAAAUGACGCAUGGCAUUCACAUUGAGAUUAAGGACUCACUAAGAAGUGACCUCCUAGUUGUACGCUAAAUUUAAAGCCUGUGAUCGUAACUUUUCAGUUGUUUUUACGUAGCGGAUAACAGUGCGUUCGAUUGAACUUAUUCUGGAGUAAGAAUAUAUAGUGCAGUGCGAAAUGGCUACUCGAUUGACCUGCUAUAAUUCCAAACAUUCCGCUCAAGGGACUGUGUACUUAUCAGAAUUGUAACGGAACUGUUAUAUUUAUGCACAGAUUACACUUCAGAACAGCUUAACUACCUCAAGCUUUGUUACCUUGCCUUUGUUGUCGUGGCCCAGGGACUGCGAUUUCUAUUUAAAGGGCUAUGGGACGACCAGUACAGGAAGCUGCUUGGGGAAUGGAUGGAUACACCUUGGAAUGGAAAAUACUUCUAUAAUUUGGAAUCUCCGAGAAAUCAUCGAAAAUUUCCCCGUCAGCUUGCCACAAUGAUCAAUGGGAAUACAGAAGAAUGGGAUUGCGCUAUGUUCUUCUAUGCCAUCCUUUCCUCCGACUGCCUACGUCAUGGUGUCAUUGAACAAGUCCGUUCUGCCGUGGAUGAUCUCAGGAUGUUGCGCAAUGAAAUUGCUCAUUGGCCUCAGGCCUACGUCUCAUACCCAGACUUCUCUUCGAUCUGCAUUCGAGCUGAGGCGGCAUUUGAAUCACUCAACCUCCCUACUAUUCCACUCCAAAUUAUCAGAGAAAAAGUACAUUUUUCAAGUGGAAGUACGAAGGAACUUGUAUUUCUUCAAUUUAUUGAAGGUAAAAGUUGUUUUUAUUUAACCUCUUUUUAAUUAGGAAACCUACCAUGCUUAACUUAAUCUUAAAUUGCUGAUGUGUUUGUCCAAAACAUUUAAAGAGGAGGAGGUGGUCCUACGGAGGACAGUGUUCGAUGGUAACGCCGGUUAAUUGUUGUAAAUCCUGGCUUCCAGAACGUCGGUAUUCGUACAAAGAAACUUAAGUUUCGCUUAAUCUUAGAGAAACUAUGUACAGCCUGAGAGAUUUGAUCUUUUGCUUGGCUGGAAAUCAAUGGGGAGUUCAUUCAAAUGAUCAACAUUAGAACAAGAAAAGAGAAUAAGUUGUAUUCCCACGAACGCAACCAGCCCCAAAUGUUUGCGCCCCCGCGAAGUUAGUGUUUGAAGUAGGGUCAUAAAUGCGGUAAAAAUUGUUAUUUUUUACAGGUUAUAGUCAUAUUUCGUCUCAUAUUCGAUCGGGAGAUUUAUUCAUCAUUACGUCGUCUCGAGUAGAUACCCGGGGUCAAUUUAAUAAAACAUUACAAGUGUAAUUUUCAAGUGUAGCCAUUGUUUUAAAGUGUGAAAACAAGGUAGUUAUGUGUGACGUCACUUAAUUUCACCUAAAAUUUCCCGUUCGCGUCGUUCGCAUUCAAUGCGCGCAUGAGUCGUGGCCAGAACGGACGGUCAGAUGUUUAGGUUACUUGCCAUGCAGCGAACAGCUAAACAGAACUCUGUGGAGGAAAAAAUUUUGGUACGGUCAAAGACUAAAUAAUUGUAAUUGGAAUUUAAAAAUUCUAAGGGCCGUAUUUUACAGACCAUAGCGGGAAACAAAUGCAUUAAUGGCUGAGUGAUUUCCUCAUCGGUCAACGAUCUUGCCUAUACUCCAAGACAGAUACAAAAUAAGUUUUUUUCACAGUUUAAUUUAGUGCUUGAAACCGCUCCAAUUAAACCAGAAUUUUCGUACCCCCAAAAUCACGGAAAUGUGCGAUUGUAACCUCUAGUUUGUAGCUUUUAUUACCUGAGUAACAUCUUCCUGUUCCAACGCCAGUAUUCAUUUUCUUGUUAAACUGCACUCCUAUUCAAUUAAUCACUUCAUUUCUUACUUGUUCUGUGUUACUAGCCAAUUUUAGGCUAAUGCCAAUCGUUAUUUCUCUACAGAAUGUACACCAGAACAAGUUGACUACCUCCGUUUGUGUUACCUUGUAUUUGAUGUUGUGCCCCGGGGUCUGCGAGUGAUCUUUAAAAGGGAAUGGGAUAUUCGUUUUAAAGAAAGGCUUGGAGAAUGGCUCGAUACCCCUGAGAAUGGAAGAGAAUUCUGCAAAUCGGCAAGACCAGACGGCCAAAGAAGAUAUUUGCUCGCUAUGAUGGCGAAUGGUAAUAGAGAAGAGUGGGAUAGUACCAUGCUCUUUUACGCUAUUCUUCAGUCAGAAAGUAUCGGCUCCUUCUUAAGUUUAUCUGUAAGGUUACCCGUUAAAGAUCUCAGAGAAGUUCGCAAUGAAACCGUGAAGAACGUGCAGGGGCGUCUGCAAGCGGUAGAGUUUGAACGCAUUGUUCAGAAAGUUCAGGUCGCUUUUGAAACUCUUGACCUUUCAACAUCGCCACUUUAUGACAUGAUGCAACAAAGGAUGAUGCGGCGACAAUCUGGUUUACCGUAUGUGGAGGGUGAAGUUGGAAAAAAACAACUGCAAAGUGUUGAAUACGAGCAUGAGAAGGAUGUCUCCUCGUUUUGCCGUCUUCCGUUUAAACCUCCAAUAGAAAUCAUUGGUCGUGACAGUGAAAAAGAAAAAAUUCUUCAGGAGCUUAAAACGCUGAAAAGGAACAAUGGAAACAGUCUAAGCUGUCUAAUCAUAUCAGGAAGACCUGGAAGUGGCAAGUCUCAGCUUGCAAGACAAGUAGCUGAGAGUUUUUACGACGAUGCUUCAAAAGUCUCCGACGCCCCUGCGUUUGUUAUGUUGCUGAAUGCUGAAAGUUCUGAGAGCCUUUUGGAAUCGUACAUCUCAUUUUCCCAACAGAUCAAGUGCUCAGAAAUUGAAGUUAGCAAUAUCCUUGUAUCGGAAGAAAUAACGUCCGACGAGAAAAUAAUCAGGCUAAAGAAUCUGAUCCAGGAAAAAAUCCAUCUUUACACGACAUGGCUCUUGGUCAUCGAUAAUGUAACCGGUGUCCGAAGCAUUCUUAAUUCAGUGCCAGAGGUUGGUAAUCCGCAAUGGAAAAUGGGACAAAUGCUUAUCGCAACCCGUGACGCAAUUGGCCCUGAACUUGCCGUGGAUUCUUUCACGUGUCAUAUCUCGAUUAGCCAAGGAAUGGAACCAGGUGAUGCUAUAUCUUUGUUAGCCGCGGUCUCCGGUGCUGAUGACAAAGAAAUGCUUGCAAAAGUGGCAAAGGAACUGGAUUAUCAACCCCUUGCUUUGGUGACUGCAGCGACGUGCGUCAAACACGAUUGUCGGAGCAGUAAAGAACCCAAUCUUGCCUGGACAGAGAUCCUCAAUCAUCUGAGAGCAGACAAGGAAAUGGAAUCCGUUUCUGGUGAUGUUUCUACACCCGAGUCGAGUGUCCUCAAAUCCACGGAUGCAGUAGUAUGUCUAGCAGUUGAAUCACUGAUUCGUACAAAUGAAGUCAUAAAGUAUGUCUUAACCUGCCUGUCCUUGUUCAAACCACAAGAAUUUGAUUUAGAUACGUUGAUCACUUAUGUUCAGAUUGUAGAAGAUCUCCAGCAUAAAAAAGAGAUUACGAAGACGAGUGAGUCCCAGAUUAAAGAAUGCCCACUACUGUUGCUUGGAGAAGAGGCAAAUAACGUUAGAAUUGGUGUUCACCAAGUUGUGUUGAAUGGCAUUAAAUCUGCACUGCUCGAAAAGCGUUUGCCUGCUAGUAGCGAGGUUCUUGCUGCUGUUAAAUUAAUUCAUCAAAUGGAAAUUGAUCCAUUUGAGGAGAGAAGAGACGAGCUCGUUUUUGAUGAUCGCAUCAUUCCGUUGUUACCGUCCUAG